UGUUUUGUUCAGUUCGGCUCAGUUCGGUUCAAUUCGGCACUGCUCUGCUUAGCAGCAGAUAGCGAAUGGAUCGGUACAAGAUAGGAACAGAAAAGUGCAGGUUGGCGUUUCUCAUAAGGACAAAUCAAAUUAACUAUUUUGGUUAAACUUGAUUUAAUUGAUGCGACUCCAAUGACUUAAAAUAUGAUGCGUCUUAUGAAAUUAAUUUUGUGCUUUUGUGUCGUUUUAUGCGCAUUAAGCACUAAAGCCGAUGACAAUCAAGCUCCAUUAACCAAACUUGGUACAAAAACAGGACCGAGGUUAAAAUUCUUUUAUUGUUACUCUUGUGGAUACAGAAAAGUAUACGAAGAAUAUGUUAGUAUUCUUCGACAAAAAUAUCCGGAAUUACAAAUCGAUGGAGAGAACUAUAAUCCCUCUUCAAAUAUCAUGUUUAUUGCUAAAUUAUUAGGUUUAGCAAAAAUUUCAUUAAUAGUUCUAAUAAUAAGUGGAUUUGAUUUUGGUCAACCGCUGCCGUCUCUUUGGCAAUGGUGCAUGGACAAUAGGUUUUAUUCUUGUAUGACGAUAUUCUUUAUUUUUAAUGCAAUAGAAGGACAACUCAUAUCGUCAGGAGCUUUCGAAAUAUAUUUAAAUGAUCUUCCGGUGUGGUCGAAAUUGGAAACGGGUAGAAUACCACAACCACUUGAACUUUUCCAAAUAAUAGAUAUUCAUUUGGAUUUCCAAUAUGCAGACAAAGCUAUAAUAGGAUAGAUUAAUUUUAUUAAAAAAUUUAAAACCAUUUUUAUUUGUACCAAAUGUUAAUUAUUAUGAUUAUGAGGUAUACGUUUUUGCAAUUCUAUAAAUGUUCAAAAAAUACUGUCAUUUCUAUUUCUUGUAUAUGUGUUCAUUAAAAAUUUUGCUAUAGGUGUCUCAUUUUCUUAAGAUGGUAUCUACAGAAUAGAUAGAGUUUGCGUAAACAAAGUUACAAAAUAAAAACUUUUCAUAUUGCUCAUGAA